UAUUUAGGUGCACACAUAGACUUUCAUAGAAUUUUAAUUGCACAUAAGUGAGAAUUGUUAACAUAUUCUCAAUUUAGCAGAAAUUUAAUACUAUACACCACUGUUUGUUUGUAAAUUUAAAUAAUAUAAUUCUAUAUUUUAUAAUUUUUAAUUUUACAUUUGAAUAGAUUUAUAACUUUGUGACAAAUAAAAUGUCGAAGAUUGUUGUUAUUGGUUCUUGUAGUACUGAUAUGUUUUUUUAUACAUCAAUAUUGCCUAAUCCUGGACAGACCAUACAUGGUAAACAAUUUUCUUUAGAUUUUGGUGGUAAGGGAGCAAACCAAUGUAUUGCUGCACAGAAACUUGGAGCUGAUACUGUAUUUAUUGGCUGUGUUGGAUCAGACAUUUUUGGUAAAGAUAUUAUAAAUAAUUUUGAAAAAUGGGGCGUAGACACUCAAUUUAUAACAAAAAAAUCAAUUGAUACAGGAGUUGCUCAGAUAAAUGUUACUGAUAAUGGUGAAAAUUAUAUCAUUGUAGUAGCUGGAGCUAAUGGAACAUUACAAAAAGAGGAUGUUGAUAAAGCACAUGAUUUAUUAUUCAAUGAAACUAGUGUUGUGCUAUUUCAAUUUGAAACUCCACUAGAAACAACUGAAUGUAUACUUAAUAUGCUUUCAACUGCAAAUAGUAAAUGUUGUAAAAUUGUUAAUGGUGCUCCUGCUUAUUCAAACUCUUAUCAGAAUAUACUAAAAUUGACCGACAUAUUUUGUGUUAACGAAUCUGAGGCAGAAAUUUAUACUAAUUGUAUAAAAAAAAUUGAUAGUAUUGAAUCAGCCAAUGAGGUUUUGUCUUUACUUUUAAAUCAAGGUUGCAAAACUGUAAUUAUUACAUUAGGACCUCUAGGUGCUGUAUUUGCAUCUAAAGAUGAGCCAGACCCACAGUGGGUUAAAGUGCCAAAAAUAGAAAAUCCUGUUGAUACCUCAGGUGCUGGUGAUGCAUUUUUGGGAAGUCUGGCUUAUUUCAUUGUUUAUACACCAAAUUUAAGUUUAUAUGAACAAAUUCAAAGAGCAUGUAUAAUAGCUACAAAGACAGUUCAGUUAAAAGGAACCCAGAAAAGUUAUCCUUUAAAAAAUGAUUUACCUAAAGAACUUUUCAAUUAAUAUUUAUGUGAAAUAAAUGUAUGAAGUAAAUGUAAUA